AUGCUCAACGGCAAAGCCUACAUCAUCACGGACCCGGACCUCGCGCAGUCCGCCAUCCGCAACCGCGCCCUCAGCUUCGACCCGCACCUGCGGGACUUCGUCCAGGGCAUGACCGGCCCCGGCGUCGACGCCGCCACGAUGGCGACCUGGGACGACCCCGCCUUCUUCGGGCCCUGGGUCAAGAUCAUCUACGGUGCGAUGGCCGGGCGCCCGCUUCUCGCGCUCAACGUCUCGGCCGUGGGACGCGUCGCCGCCACCCUGAACGUAGUAGGGGGAGGCGCCACGGAUGUCGAGGACCUGUACCGCUGGACCCGCGGCGUGUUCACGCUGGCCAGCACGGAUUCUCUCUACGGCCGCGAGAACCCGUUGCGGGCUGACGGGCGGCUCGUCGACGCCUACUGGGACUACGAAGCUGACGUGAGCAAGCUCAUGCUCAAGCUCUUCCCUUCCCUCCUCGCGCCCCGCGGCCACCGCGGCCGCGACCUCCUGGAGCGCGCCUUCGAAUCCUUCUUCGCCGCGAACCGCCACGAAGGCCCCGACGUGUCCGCGCUCGUCCGCGACCGCCGCGCCCUCUCCGCCCGCUUCGGCAUGCUCCCCGGCGCCGCCGCGUCCAUCGAGCUCAUCUUCCUCCACGGCGCCAUCUCAAACACCUUCCCGGCCUUAUACUGGCUCUUCGCGCACGUCUUCAGCCGCCCGGAACUCCUCGACCGCCUCCGCGAGGAAGCGCGGGCCCUGAUCGUCGAAGAGGAGGAGAGAGAGAAGGAGGAAAAGGAAGAGGACACGGGCGGCAGCAGCAGCAGCCGCGGCGACGAGAGGAAGCGCGUGGUGACGCUCCACAUCGACAGGAUCGAGGAGCGCUGCCCGCUCCUCAUGUCCUGCUUCCGCGAGACGCACCGCCUGCACGCGGCCGGGGUGCUCGUCCGCAAGGUCAUGUCCGACACGACCAUCUCGGACGACGGGGGAACGGCGUACGUCCUGCGCAAAGACGCGCAGGUGCAGGCGCUGCAGACGGUGAUGCAGACGAGCCCGCGGAUCUGGGGCGGCGACGCGGCCGAGUUCGUCGGCGACAGGUUCCUGAAGGCGGCGGAGGCCAAGGGGGAGGCCGUCGCCGGCUUCGCGCCGCGGGGGUUCCUCGCGUUCGGCGGCGGGAAGCACAUCUGUCCCGGGCGGUUCUUCGCCAGCGGUGAGCUGUUGGGGUCCGUAGCACUGCUGGUAUCGGGAUUCGACUUCACGGACGCGGACGGCAACGUACUCGCCGUCCCCGAGGCGGGGGCGGUUCCGCUGACGGCGUCGUUCGGGAAGCCGGUGCCUGGAAGCGAUCUCCGGGGACAGAUACGGAGGCGGCCCGGGUGGGAGGACGUCCAUUGGGAGGUUGCUGCGUAG